AAAAAAAAAAAAGCCUAAAAUGGGCCUAUUGAAUUCUAAAAACCCCAAAGCCAAGCAAGCCCGAAUUCUUCUUCUGGGACUUGACGCUGCUGGGAAGUCUACUCUCCUUUACAAAUUAAAGUUUGCUAAGGAUAUUGUGACCAACCCAACAGUAGGUUUCAACGUGGAGAUGAUUGAGCUGGAAAAGGGUGUUCCACUUACGGUCUGGGAUGUUGGAGGACAGGAAAAAAUGAGAACUGUGUGGGGCCUCUACUGUGAGAACACCGAUGGGCUGGUAUAUGUUGUGGACAGUACAGAUACACAGCGACUGGAAGACUCCAGGAGAGAGUUUGAGCAGAUUUUGAAGAAUGAGCACAUUAAAAAUGUGCCUGUUAUCCUGUUAGCCAACAAACAAGACGUGCCUGGUGCUCUGAGUGCCGAGGACAUCACCAGAAUGUUCAAAGUGAAGCAACUCUGCAGUGACCGGAACUGGUACGUGCAGCCCUGCUGUGCUGUCACCGGGGAUGGGUUGAUGGAGGGGUUCCGGAAGUUAACUGGAUUUGUGGAAAGCCACAUGAAAUCAAGAGGAGACAUAUUAGCAUUCUUCAAGCAGAACUGAGGUCCAAGUGGGGAAAGAGAUGCUGAUGAAGUUGAAAGGGUAAUUUUUUCUCCAGGCCAAGUGAGAAAAGCAAGUUGCCGAGUUGGCAAACUUUUCCUGAA